AUGGAGUUCGAAGCAUCUGGAGACUUCACUAUAGCGACGCGUUUGCGAACAUCGAUUCGGCGAAAUGCAGUUUUCUAUGUGGCAUACACCGCAAUACUCUGCCUUCUUCUCAUCAUUCUCAUUAUUCGGGGCGAAGUGCAAGGAGACAUUCAGAGCUGGUGCAUCGCGGCAUCAAAUGCAUGGGGCCUGUUCGUCCUCACGGUUCUCAUGGGCUUUGGAUUGGUGGCUGUGCCACGCCACUUCUGGAGCUUGGCGAAUCCAUCGACGCUCUUGCAAGAUCUGUACGUUAACGCAGUGCUGAAGGACGAAAUCCGGCUUAGCCGACUCUUCGAGUUGCAGGACACUGUUGCGCAAGCUCGUUCCGAAUUGGCUGCUCAUGUGGAGUUGGAGGAAGAUGCUCCUGGCCUACACAUGCAGCGUUUAGCGUUUGCCAAGCUCUGCCAAGUGGCAGACCGGUGCGAGAUGCUGCACAGGGAAUUGAGCGGUUGCCGUAUUUCUUCGCCACUGGUUGGCACACGAAGUGAAAAAGCAUCUGGAGGUCAUGCCGACCUCGAGCGUGCGGCUGGCAACGUACCGUUGCAUCCACCGCCGUCGCUUUCCCGGUUUGCGCACCUUCAUCGCCUGCUCAAAGCGGCGGCCUUGGAGGCUCGCCGGGCAUCGUGCUGCUUUGACAGCCAUAUCGAGCGAUGUAUAUUUUUCGAGGACCUUCAACAAGGAGAUCACACAGCUGCCGCUAAUCUGCUGGGUCUGCGUCAUUUGGCGCUCCCCGCUCUUUUCCCAAGAGCUCGUUCAGCGAUUGCAAAACUACGGCGCAGCUUGCUGACUUUCUGGCUUCGCCAUCUGCGAGCCCGUGCCUUGCUUGGCCUCGGCUGGGCCUCAUGUCUUCUCAGCGCAGUCGUUGUGAUGGGUCAGAUGACCCUGUUUGCCGACGGCUGGCACCUCUCCGUGCUUUCGCUUCUCUUCAACGGAGACUAUGGGCCGUUGGUAACGCAGGCAUUCUGCCUGGUUCCAUUAUCUUACGUGACCUACACUGCCUACUUCAGUAUUUUCCGCUUAAAAGUUUCAGGAUGGUAUGGUCUGUACGGCAACCACAACACGGAUGCAGGCAGUUUGCUGUGGCCGACGCCUUGGGGGAAGUCUGGCAGCCCCAGUGGCAAUGACAGGGACUGGUGCUCACAAGUGAACGGGGCACGCUCCAUAGGAGUGAGCAGUACCGGCCUGUCAAGAUCUGGCCAUGCUGCCAACCAAUCGGUGGUAUCAUCAGACUCGGACUCCUGUCAAAGAAUGUCUCUUCGAGAAUUUCAAUCCAGAAAUUACCUCAAGGACCUCAAAGCCUUCAGUGACUCCUUGAACCAGCCCAUGAACAUAGUGCGCGAGUGCAUGAGCCAGGUUGAUCAAGGUCUGCUUGGCGCGUUGCAGAUCACGCAGACGCAGGCUCACGAUCUGGUCAUGGCUGCUCAAAUGGUAACAUGGAAGCUUUCUGCUACAGCCUGCAACAGCCUUGAGUUGCUUCCCACAUUGCUGUGGGCGGCGAAGGGUCAUGGUGAUGAGAAGGAUGUUGUUGGCCCCAUCUCCGAAGUGCACAGCAGCAUUGCCACGAUGCGGAAAGAUGCUCAGACGGUUCGCACCAGCUACAUCGAGCUGCUGAAUCAGGUCAGAUACUUAGGGCAGUGUGCGCAGGUGACGCUGGACGAAGUAAUAAUUAGCUGGCUUCCUGCGCCCUACGAAGAUGAAAGCGGCAGCCUGGAAACUUCACCCGGACAUGCACUUGAUCCAACGGAGCAGCAGAGACACUCAGAGAAAUGCCUUGAGCUGGCUCUCAUGCACCUCGAUGGGCUCUGCAUGUUGCUGGAGGACUGCUCUGACUUUUGGCUGAUGCUGCACAGUGCAGAACUACAACUGCGCAAGAUAGAGAAAGAGGCAUCUUGUCAAUGA